AUGGCUGUUAAGGAAAAAUCAGCGGAGAUGCCACUCGACGAGAUAGAGUGGAACGUGGAGAACGAGAUACAACUGUUUUUCGCGAUGAAUGGACACAAGCCAGUCGGUGUCAACAAGUAUUUUCACAUGCUAUGCAUAUGGGAAAAAUUUCGCGCCGCCCUUCACAAGGACGUCUCACUGAAGGCGAUGUGGGAUCAUUUGGAAUCCAUGUACGACCUCAUGGCUUUGGAUGACAUGGAAGACCUACCAUUUCCCAGUCACGAGAUGGAUUUUUCCUUGCCGGAGAUAGAAUUUGCAGGAAAGUCUCGGCGGAAGGAGGAAUCCGAAGUGAAACUGAAGGAUCAACGGGAUAAGUACAAGGAGAUCAAAAAGGAGAAAGAUUUCAAGGAAGGUUCCAAGAAAGAUAGCACGCAGCGCGACUUCAAAGGUAACAAAGAUGUAGAUAAGAAAAAGGAGGAGAUGAAAAAGUACGUGAAGGAGACCGAGAUGAAGAAGGAGAAGUUCAGGGACGUGAAGGAUGCGAGAAAAGAACACAAAUCCUUGAAAGGUCGUUCGAAAGGCAAGGACGAGUUGGAGGAGAACGUAUCAAACGGAAAAAAGGAACGUAAAGAUUCCGAGUCGAGUCGUGAACUUUCGAAGAGAAUUCCAAAGAGACCGACACGACAGAGCGUGGACAGUUCUUCCAAAACCUCCUCGAGUCCGCGCGAUACACCUCCGCCGAAACGAAGAAGAAUAUAACAAUUAUUGUAAAGAUUAUCUCACUGCCUAAUGCUGGAUUUAUGUUGCUUCCGUUCCGCAAGUGAUAUUGUAAAUUGUAAAAGAAAAUAUCAUUUUUGUCAAAGUUUUGAGAAUAGUUUUUUAAAAUCAAGUGCUGUGAAUAUCGCAUGUUGCAUAAUGGAGGCAAUGUGAGUCUUGCAUAAAAUGACAUUUUUAGAUUGUAUAAUGAAUUGUAUAACGCUGCCACAUUUUACCAGUUACGUGUGUAAAUAUGUGAAAAGAAUUAAUUUUAAUCUUUAUACAAUAUUUCACAUUUCUCUCCAUGUAAAUAUACCAUCGUAGUUUUUAAAGAUAA